GAAAGCGGAGGAUCCCCCUCAGCCAGCAGCAGCAGCAGCAUCCAUUUAAGCAUCAGUGGGCAAAUCACCACAUCUUCCCCGGACUGACCACUCCUCACUGGGAUGUCGUCGUCGAGGAACGGCGAGGAUUUGAGAACCGAUGCUCGAGAAAACCUCUCCGCUGUAUUUUUUCGAGCGUGACUGGAAGGGAGCGGGGCGGCGAUGGAUGAAGGCAGGAGGAGACAAAUAAAAUUUUGAUAAUCGCUGGGUUUAGCUGGCUAACGCUAGCACGCUAACGUUAGCUAGCCCUCAGCUCGCAGUUGGUUGUUUUUUUUUACCCCCCCCCUCCCCCGUUCACUGACCGAUGUGGCGUUUUCCUCCAUGAAUAAACACUCCUUAAUACUCUUUUAUAUUGAUGUCGAGACAUGCUGGAGUCAGUGAGGACAUUUCUCUCAAGGAUAAAGCACCAUAGCGGUUGACUAGCCUCCCAGCGUUAACGCUUCUUAGCUAACCCUCUUUUUUUUUUAAAAUUCGUUAAUUUUUUCUCUCUCGCUCAUCCGUGAAGAACAAGAUGCUGGCGGAGGAGGAGUGUGUCUAACGGUGAACCUGAACUCGCAUGGACACACACUCCAUGAAGGUCAUGAUACUGAGAGAAUGAUCAUGCUGGAAAAACAGAGCUCGACGCAGGAGAUCGGCGAGGAGGCAGAGGAGGACGCCAUCUUCACCAUCACGCUGAGGAAGGUGCAGCUUCACCAGUCGGCCAGUAAGGGGCAACGAUGGCUGGGCGUGGAGACGGACUCUGCCCUGAGCCUCUACGAGACCUGCAAGGUGCGGACCAUCAAGGCCGGCACGCUGGAGAGGCUGGUGGAGUACAUGGUGUCGGCGUUCAGGGGUAAAGACUCCACCUACGUCACCAUCUUCCUCUGCACCUACCGCUCCUUCGCCACCACUAAGCAGGUGCUGGAUCUCCUGCUCAACAGGUAUGCCAAGCUCCAAAAUGUCCCUGCAGCCACAGCACACAGAGUCUCCCAGGACGACUGCACAGAGCUGAGAAACACUGUUUCAUCCAUCCUGGGCGCGUGGCUGGACCAGUACUCUGAGGACUUCUGGAGCCCUCCGAACUACGACUGUCUGCACCAGCUUCUGUCCUACCUUCACCGCCACUUCCCAGGCUCGGACCUGGAGCGCCGCGCCCGCAACCUGCUGGCCCACUUCCAUCGUCGACAGCAGUGUGAGCCUGAUCCUGAUGUGGAGCACAUCGGCUGCCCUUUUGCUACGCAGGAAGAGAGUGGCUUUGAGGACGAGCUUCCUGCUUUCAGUUUCCUGUCGUUUGACCCCAUCAUGGUGGCAGAGCAGUUCACACUCAUGGACGCGGAUCUGUUUAAGAAGGUGGUGCCCUACCACUGUCUGGGGGGGAUCUGGUCUCAGCGAGAUAAGAAGGGGAAGGAGCACCUGGCUCCCACAAUCAGAGCCACUGUGGCCCAGUUUAACUCUGUCACCAACUGCGUCAUCACUACCUGCCUGAGCAACCCGACGCUGAAGCCCAACCAGAGAGCCAGGCUACUGGAGAGGUGGAUAGACGUGGCUCGGGAGUGUCGGAUACUGAAGAACUUCUCCUCGUUGCGAGCCAUCCUCUCCGCCCUGCAAUGCAACGCUAUCCACCGCCUGAAGAGGACCUGGGAGGAAGUGUCACGGGAGAGUUUCCGCACCUUCCGCGAACUGUCUGAGAUCUUCUCAGAUGACAACAACUACUCCCUCAGCCGAGAGCUGCUGGUGAAGGAGGGAACCUCCAAGUUUGCCACUUUGGAAAUCAACCCCAAACGAGCUCAGAGGAGACACCAGCAGCAGAGAGACCUGGGAGUGAUGCAGGGGACAAUUCCCUACCUGGGGACCUUUCUGACGGACCUGGUGAUGAUGGACACUGCCAUGAAGGAUUACACUGAGGGUGGUCUGAUCAACUUCGAAAAGAGAAGAAAGGAGUUUGAGGUGAUUGCUCAGAUCAAACUGCUCCAGUUGGCCUCCAACAACUACAGUUUCACUCAGGACAGCCACUUCAGAGAGUGGUUUGCAGGCGUGGAGAAACUCAGCGAGGCAGAGAGCUACAAUCUGUCCUGUGAGAUCGAGCCACUGUCAGAGUCAGCCAGCAACACGCUCCGAGCUAAGAAGAACGGAGGAAUCAUGAAACGCUGGAGCGACCGGCAGUUGACGGAGGCUGGCUGCAGCAGCGCCCCAGGCUCUCAUUCCAAGUCCUUCGACCACUCGCACUACAGACCGUACCAAGGAGGUGGGGGGGACAGCGGCGACGCCCUCAGCGUCACCUCUGUCAGCUCCAGUGGUUCCGACCUGGAGGACGUAAACGCCAGCUUCCUGUCCGAUUCUCCGGAGGGCCAUGAGAGAAAGACGUCGACUCCUUCAGUGAAACUUACCGUCUCUGCUUUGGGGAGAGAAGCUCCAACAGCAGAUACAACGUCAACGUUCUGGGAGUGUACGUCUCUGUCGUCUCUGGACACCUCUGGCACAGGCUCCAGCUCUGGCUCGGCGUCCGGCUCCAGCAGCGCCUCCUCCUCCUCCGUCUCCUGCUCCACCCCGCUGUCUGCCUCCCGCUCACACAAACGCUCGGUGUCAGCGGUGUCGAACUACUCUACUCUGUCGCUGCCGCUGUACAACCAGCAGGUGGACGACUGCUGCAUCAUCAGGGUCAGCCUGGACGUGGAGAACGGCAACUUGUACAAAAGCAUCCUGGUGACGAGUCAAGACAAGACUCCAGCCGUCAUCAGGAAGGCCAUGAUCAAACACAACUUGGAGCGGGAGAAGACGGAGGACUACGAGCUGAUGCAGAAAAUCUCUGAGGACAAAGAGCUACGGAUCCCGGACAACGCCAACGUUUUCUAUGCCAUGAACUCCACUGCCAACUACGACUUUGUCCUGAAGAAGCGCGGCUUGGCCCGGCCGGUGCGGGCCAAGAACGUGGCCAGUUCGACGCUGCCUCGCAUGAAACAGAAGGGACUGAAAAUCGCUAAAGGGAUUUUCUAAGGAGAAACGUGCCACUUCCUGCCUCCCCUCCACCCCCUUAACCCUCUCUGGUCGCCACUCCUCAGAAGAAACAUUUCUGUUCAGGUCUCUCUUUGAGGCAAACUAACCUGAAGUAUCUGAGUUUUGGUUUGGACAAAGACUGAGAUGCCAGAGGAGAUGAUAUAAAUGACCAAGUAACCUUUCUGUGGAUUAGCAGAAAGCAGAGGAGCACCUUAGCACUUAGUAAAAGCUGUGUCAUCAGGACCCUCCGAGGACGUUAAAAGGCUGAGUUUGUCGCAGGAAAUCCUAAGAUAGAGGUUGUUUCCGUAAGCCUGACAACAGAAGGACCCGUUCGUGGGGAAAAACAAACAGUUGCGUUGGGGUCAGGCGGCAAAAUUUACUUCACAUGACUGGUUGUGUCGGCUUGUGGGAAAUCAGAUCCAUCUCAUUUCCCGGUCCAUUACUUUUUGUUUACAAUUGUUUACAUCUUAACAUCACUCGGUCAGCUCUUAAACAUUUUUGUUCAAGCCUCUAGUUCACGAGAGGAUAUUCGCACCUUCGAUAAAACAUUUUUUAAAACCCCAGAUUUCCCCCCGCAGCCUUCAUCCCUGUAUUUUACUCUUCGGACUUCAUGCACGCCCCCUCCUGGCAUGGAGUGUACAUAAACGAACAAUACGACGCCACAGCGAGUGAACACAGACGUGUGUAACAGCUGGGUGUUCGAAUGUGUUUCUAUUUUUUCAGGGAACUUUUGUUGUGAGUGUACCGCCGCCUUUACCGUCUCGCCCCGGGGUUCCUGAUGUCGUCAGUGUUUCUGGGACUGCAGCACUGAACGUUUCGCUCUCCGCUCUCGGACGCUGGGACUCAUUUCAGCAUUUUAACACCAGCAACGCUGACGUGAAGGGACCUGAACUCUUUUAAGCUUCUGAAUGCUGCCAUGUUACAAAAAAAAGCAAAAAGGUCAAGCAGUCUGAAACGGAGACAUGUUGUCAAAAUCCAGUGGGCACAGCCAUUAAUUCUUUUUUCUUUUUUAAAUUAAUGAAUUGUAACCACUACAUUGUGAAGGAUGUGGCAGUCCUUUCAUCGCACUUGAUUCUGACAGAAGAAGACUGAGAGAAGAACAAGAGAGCUGAAAACAAAAAAAAAAAAACUGAGUGUAUAUAUCAAUUAAUACCAACAGUGCAGUAUAUUCUUUUGAAACGGACCAUGAGAUUUUGUUAAUAGACUCAUCACGAUAUCAGCGCUUUUUUCAUUUUGCUUUGUACAUUUUUUUUUGCAUCUCUCUACUCUGAUAUGGUGCUGCUAAUUAUCCUUCUGAAGAGGUCUUACGAGCUGCACUUUCUCUACUUCCUGACCACCACUCCCCUUGUUGGAAGACAGAAACAGAAACAUCUCUUCUUACCUGCUGAGUGAGGCAUUUUUAUGUCAUGUUUGCUGUUUUCAGAAAAUUGUAUUUAAUAUAAACAUAAAAACAAAAAGUUAAGAAUGAUUAAAAAAAAGGAAGGAAAUAAUUUUAAUGUCAGCAGCUCUUUAGUGAAGGCUGGCUUACUGCACCAAUUUAAUGUUAUGUAUUCAAAUGUAUUAUUUUAUAUUAGGAUAAUAUCCUUUGGGAUGAGAUGUACCAUCUUGUGUUCCCAAAAUACUGCAGGAGAAAAAACUCUGGGAUACAAAAGGUAUUUAUGAAAGAAUAAAUAAUAUAAACUACAUAAAAUAAUCAAUAGAAACCAGAUAUUGCAUCAGAUUCCCAGGUUUCUUUCUGGCAAAAGAACUAUUUUCCAAAUUUCCGUUAACAGCAAACUGAUAUUUUGCUUUAACCCUGGACCAUACUAUUUCAUGGGAAGACUGUGGUUUCUUCCAACAUGGUGGAUCAUCCUUCAUAUCUUAUUAUUAACCACUUUCCAAAUGUGCCAUGACAGGCUUGUGUGUUGCAGACGCACCCGACGAGUCCUGCUGAAUUUAUCCUGCAGGACGUUUUCUUGCGGUGUCGGCUGUGGUUUUACGUGCCGGUGAUGACAGCAGAGUCUUUCCUUGCUGGGCUCUCUUACAGAACGUGUAGAAUGGAUGGGUUUUAAUUAUUUCCAGACCUGGAAAACUAGUCAAAAUACAGAAAAGCUCCUUAAAUCAUGCUGUAAAAUGUGGAGUCUGGAAUAGUUUUGAAUGAGGCUGUGCGUAGGAGCCCAGAUGAACUAUGGUGAUCCUUAUAAACUGCACAUGAGGGAACUUCUCUGUGCUGUCCAUAAUCAGUUUCUUUAGAGGAAAAAUCCAACCUAAAACUCCUUAUCACUUUUAAAAAAGCGGUCAUUUUUGGGGGAUCCAUAUUUCUUUUAUUCCCAUGGAUACAAAGUGAUGUCACAUUGUUAAAAUAUUUGUAAAGGGCUUCUUUUUGCAGCUUCUCGCCGUUUGCACUCAAUGCUAAUUUACAUUUACAGUUUACUAUAAUGUAUUUUUAUUUUUUUUGUCUUUUUGCUCUAAAGAGACACAAUAUGUCGGACAAACCGUCACACUAACUCGGGUAACAUUGGCUGGGGUUGCUGGUAUAAACGUUUCCAGCUCCAUUAAGAAGCAGGACAGAGCUGCUAACAUAAGCCUAAACUCUGAUAGCAUCCAGGAUCGAUUUCCACACACAGAGAACAGGACCUUUAUUUGACCUAACCCACAAAAACUAAUGUUUCUUAAUGAUGUGCUCCUUGGCCCUGAAAGUAACACUCGGCUACCACUGUAGCUUUUAAGCUCGCCAGGCGGACAUCCUAACGUUUGCAGCUUCCUACACUGUUACUUUUGUGUUUUUGGUUUUAGAAAGGCAAAAAAAAAAAAAAAAGGGCACCACAGACUCUUUCAGUGAAGAGUAUCACUGUCACUGCUGACCACUUAAACACGGGGAAGAAAUCCAAAGCUUGAAUUACCAUGCCGAGCUAGGGUUGCUAUGACAGUUGAUGUUUGGGUGUCCGUUUGAUCAACAGCAAAACAUUCACACCCCUUCUCCGAGUCCUGUUUCAUAGCCUUCUGGGAAAUGUAGUAAAUUGCCGAUUAAAGGAAAGAAAAACACUUUAUGAUAUUUAAGGUUGGAUUUUUCCUGAGUUGCUCAUAUCACCGUAACAAAACACUAAAUUCGCUCGGAUUGCACUGCGACCAUGUAUUGCCUUUUUUUGGUUAUUUUCACCUGCAUGACGUUCAUAAUUCUCUAAACGAUCAAAUGAAUGAAGCGCUCAAAAAAAAAAAAAGAAAAAACCCCACGAAAGCAAUAUGGUGACGAGCGGCAGGAGGCACGUCGUCUGGCUGUCGUGGAUGUUGUUCGUGCCACUGUGGCGUGAAAUCCUUCGCUGUUGAACACUGUGACCUUUGACCCUUUCACUCUGCCCUCUCUGCCUGUUGAUCGGCGCGUCAUGUUGAGCACUGUGAACUUUAAAAAAAAUAAAUAAAAAAAGCGUCUCGUUCCCCGUUAAUGGUGUCAUAGUGAACAUCCGUAACGCAACAGGCUUGACCCUACAUGUGCCAAAAAUACAAGGAAAGAGAAAAAGGUUGGUUGUAACAGAUGAGUCCUCUGCCUUUCACAGUGAAAAAAAAUCAAGUUUGUAUGUUUACUGUUGUUGCAUUUUUCUGGAAAACAAAAAAAAAGGGUGAGAACACUACGAUGUCUGGACCCAUUUCCCUGUGGAAAAUUAGACUGUCGUCCAAGAAACUUGAAGCAAAGAUGUUUGUCAGGAGCUGCAGAUGAAGCUGUUGUAGAAAUCCCGCUUUCAUGAAUUUAUCCUCCUAUUUUUCAUCUUUUAAUGUCUUUUAAGAUCAAACAGCUGCCAAAUUUGCAAAUGUUCAACACUGGAGUGUCUUUUGCCAUCAAAACCAGACGUUUUUUUUUUUAACCAUAAAUCAGAUUUUUAUUCCAACCAAACUCUAUAUCUGAUGUGCUUUCACUGAAGAAAAUGAAGCAGACAACUUCUGGUUGAGUUAUAUGAAGAAAACAGAGACUCUCACUCACUUUAUUAACUGUGUUUUGGGACAAAAGUGUCAUUAAUCAAGUGAGUAGAAGUGGUCAAUGGUUUCGUAAGUUUUGGAUACUGCACGUGUGUCUGUGUGUAAGAUAUGUUUGCUUAAUUUUGAUUUCAGGGAUGAAAACCACUUGAAAACCCAGCAGAGCAGUGUUACACACAAAUAUCAAUGCAGUGCAGGGCCUUUUUUUCUUCUGUUAAAAGUAUCGAGACAUUUGCUUUCAGUGGUAUGUUAGAGUUCCUCCAUUCUUUCAGAGCAACUACCUACAGUUUGCAACAGGACCUUCAGUGCACCGCAAUGUUUGUAAAAAGGUGUUUUGGUACCUCCUACUUGAUGUCACAAAUCCAUGAACGUACGUCAAUACGUCUCCUACUGCAGACGUACUGUAAAUCUUUUAAAAACAAAUAGAUCAUUUUUUUUAAAACUGGCUCAGUAUUUUCCGAAAAUAGCUGGUCAAACAUACUUUGAACGCAAAGUACGUUCCCUUUCUGUAGUGUUUGGUUGGAACAAAAACGUUCAUAUUAUCGGGCCUGUAAUUGGAAAAACAAUGUCUGUCCCCUGUUCCAGUGAGUCCUAGUUUUCCCAGUUGAACACAGCAAAGGGAGCGUUUCUGCAGCAGCUCCGUCUCUACUUUAAGUGUGCUUUUGUUCUCUGAGAACAUAAACUGUGCAGAGUGGAACUUUAAAUGAAUUUCCUGGCCCGGCGAGCGUUUUAUGUGCCGAUGAGGUUGGUGUUGGACUGGUCUGUGUGUCGUCGUAGCCGUGUUGACAAUGACGUACCUUUUGUGAUUUGACCUGAUUCUGUGCGAGUUUGAACAAAAAGGCUGCGUUUAAAAAGAAAAAAAACCUAAAAACUGGAAACCAGCUGGCGUGGUGUGUGUUUUUAUUUUAGUUUUUGUUUCGUUUUUUUCCCCCUGAACUGUGCUCGGGUGCCAUUUUCCAUUUUAACUUUUUCUAACUGCAGUCUCUUCUUUAUUUUACUUUUCCUACUUUUCCCAAGAACACAAAACACAUGUAGAAUAUAAAACUGUCCUUGGUUAUGUCUUUGUUUAUUUAUUGAUUUGUAUAUAGAAAUUUUGUUUUGCAUUGUACAUUCUCUCCUUUCUUGGUUAUAGAUUAAUAUAUUCAUGUAUAUAUGAAUAAACAUUAAGUUUAUAAAAGUAAUAAGACUCUUUCCUCUUUAUUAUUGCUUCCUUUGUGUAAAGAUUAAGGAACUGAGUUGGGAAUCUACUUCUGCAUAGUCUCUGUAUGACACAAUAACUGAAGUAAAUUGCACAAUAGCUUAUUACUGGAUUUCAAUUUUAGGCUGAAAAUAACUGUUUGACUUGAGCUCAAAUAAAAAAUCAUCUUUUGUAAUUAUUAUGGAUGUUAUGCUUGUAAAAAUGGAUUGUACAGGGAUUGUAAAAUAAAAUCCUCACACAUGGUAAAAUAAAAUAAAAGGAAAGUUCCCUGGCA